UUGUCGUUGUGGUUGUGUCGCGCGCCGUCGCUUUUCGAAUCGUAUCGUCUGUACGUCCUCCAGGCAGUGGGAGGGUUAAAGUUGUAGGCGGACUGGGUAGCCGGCUACUACGAUUGACCUUGACACAAGGUGAGCACUAAUGACAUCCACGCACAGCACCGGCAACAGACAGCUAGAAGAUACAAAAGGAAAAGUAUAAAAAAAGAGCAAAAGUUUUCAAAAACGGCGAGAUCAACAUUUGUUUUGGCUUAUGCCUUAUAUUAUUUACUCUCCGCCAGGGCUACAUAAUAAUGCGAAGCAAGUUGGCAGCAUUGUAAAUAUCGAUACGUCGAUCAAUUUGAAGCUAUCGUAAGCAACACGCGGCCGGCAACAGUUUUGUUUUGGAUUUUGCUUUGAGAAAAUAUGGCCACAAAAGUUACUAUUGUUAUGCCUGGCGAGCGUGUGACGGCUGUAGAAGAUGUGGCCAAGGGCAAACGCGUUAUACUAGGCCCCGGACUACGGCGUGUCGAUGACAAAGUUGUUGCUAGCAAGGCUGGUCCAUUGCGGCACAAGGAACCAAACACAUUCUGGGUGGACAGCUACCAAAGGCGCUAUGUGCCAGCUCGAGGUGAUCUUGUCAUAGGCAUUAUCAGAGCUAGAGCAGGUGAUCUUUAUCGUGUUGAUAUUGGUGCGGCGGACACAGCCUCCAUUUCCUAUUUGGCUUUUGAGGCAGCCACCAAAAAGAAUCGUCCAGAUCUAAAUCCAGGCGAUCUGCUCUACGCUCGUGUGCUAAAUGCCAAUGCAGACAUUGAACCAGAGCUGGUGUGUGUGAAUUCGAAUGGCAAACGUGGCAAGCUGGGCAUGUUGCAGGAUGGAUUCUUCUUUAAGUGCAGUCUGAAUCUGGGGCGGUUACUUUUACGCGAGAAUUGCCCUGCGCUGACAGCACUAACUGACGAACUACCCUUUGAGAUUGCUGUAGGCGUCAAUGGACGCAUAUGGGUGAAGGCACAUUCUAUGCGAGAAACAGUGGGUCUGUCGAACGCAAUAAUGGCACUUGAACAGGCAGGCUACACGGAAAUCGAUCAGAUCUGUAGCAAUCUAGGGGAUGUGCUGCAAGCGUAAUCUAUGUCUAGACAAUUACAUUUCAAUUUAAGUCCAAAAGUAUAAAAUAAAAUAAAA